AUGUCAACGCCCACAACCGCGACGGCCACUCUGCCUCCCCAGUACCGUCACCCUCACCAGCACUCUCAUUACCCGCCGUUUCUGCAGAACAACGGCCACAGCGCCGCUUAUCGCGCACCCGCUGUUCCGUCCGCUGCCCCAGCAAACCCUAUCCUCCCCACCUCCAGCGCCUCGACCGUGGUGUCUUCGACAGCAUCAACUCGGUCGAUUCCUGCCUCGUCGUACACAUCGGCCAGCAAUUAUACCACUUCGGCCUAUGCUGCAAGCCAGCACCCAUACAGGACCCCAACGGCAAAUGGGGCCACUGCCCAUUCGGUGACCUCAGCCUCCGAACGGACUCAGGACUACGCCAGAACUGAUUCGGCCUCGACCACUCGCUCUGACGCAAACUACUACGGCAACAUGCCAGCUUCCGCUUCAUCGACGCAAUCGCACCUCCAACAGGGCGAUGCCCCUUUGCGGAAACGUAGAAGAUCCAAAGAGCCCGACUGGGAUAAAUUUUAUCAAAAUGGUCUUCCCAAGGAGAUCAUUGUCAUUGACGACACGCCAGAGCCCGAGGCUGACGCGAAGGAUGUGUCGUCGGUUCACUCCUCGAGGACAUACACGACGGGCAUGACGAAUGGCUCGGAUGCUUCGCGCCAUGCUGCAAAGAAGCGCAGGAAGGAAGAUACCUACCCCCACACGAAUGGCAGAGUCGUCAACGGAUCGCAUAUUGCCACGCCAACUAGCACUUCGACGUCGACAGACCGGACCACAUCAGCACACAACACUACUGCUCCGACUUCCUUGGCAUCGUUGUCCUCAAAUGGCCACGAAUACGAAGCAUCACUGACAGGCCAGAAGAGAAAACGAACCACACGGCAACAGUUGGCUCAAGAGGCAAAACGCCGGGAGGUCGAGGUCUUGAAUGACACAUAUGUGAGCUACAGGCCGCCAGCAAAGCCGGUCAAGAAGUCAGGCGAGGUUGCCGUGAGAGUCGUCAAUGAUCGAUACCAAAACAUCAAGGUCGACGACGACGACGGCCACUACAUUGUCGUUCCCGAUGCCGAGCUCACCACCCAAUAUCAAAUGAUCAAAUUGCUUGGCCAAGGCACAUUUGGAAAAGUCGUGCAAGCCAGAGAUCGCAAGAGGAACAAACUCGUCGCCAUCAAAAUCAUUCGUUCCGUCCAAAAAUACCGUGACGCUUCGAGGAUAGAGUUACGAGUAUUGCAGACACUGAAGGCAAAUGAUCCCGAGAACCGCAACAGAUGCAUACACCUGCGAGACUGUUUCGACUACCGUGGCCACAUUUGUAUCGUGAUGGAUCUGCUGGGCUCAAGUGUCUUCGACUUCUUGAAGAUGAAUAACUUUGUGCCCUUUCCCAACAGCCAGAUCCAGAGCUUCGCGCGUCAGCUUUUUACGAGUGUUGCUUUCCUGCAUGACCUCAACCUUAUCCACACAGACUUGAAGCCUGAGAACAUUCUACUGUGUGAUAAUGCCUACCAGACAUUUACCUACAACCGCAGGAUGCCUUCUUCGUCUGCUGGAACAAACAGGCAAGCAAAUCAACGCAAAGUACUGUUGGACACGGAAAUUCGCCUGAUUGAUUUCGGCUCGGCGACCUUUGAGGACGAAUAUCAUUCCUCCGUCGUCAGCACUCGUCACUAUCGUGCGCCAGAAAUCAUUCUCGGGUUGGGGUGGUCGUUUCCUUGUGAUAUUUGGAGUAUCGGCUGCAUUUUGGUGGAAUUCUUUACUGGAGAUGCUCUUUUCCAGACGCAUGACAAUCUGGAGCAUCUAGCCAUGAUGGAGAACGUUUGCGACAGCCGCAUCGACACCCACUUGAUUGCACAAGUCUCCAAGAUCUCUUCUCGGAGUGGCUCGAGUAACAAUCAAGCCGCCAAGUAUUUCAAACGAGCCAAGCUUGAUUAUCCUACCGCGGAGACCACCCGCGCAUCUAGGCGCUUUGUUAAGAACAUGAAACGCCUAUCAGACAUUAUUCCAGCGUCCAGCAACUUUUUGAAGCAAUUCUUGGAUCUCCUCGAGAAGAUAUUCAUUUAUGAUCCGUCCAAGCGAAUCACGGCCAGGCAGGCUUUGGAGCACCCGUGGUUCCGGGAACGAGCAAUUCCAGACGACGGAACUGAGGCAGCCAAGAUACGAAAUGAACGUAUCAGAGCAGAGCCCGACUAUGGCAACCGUCUGCCACCUUUGCUGUAG